CUACUUUUCUUAUUUUUGACGUCACAUAUCUCUCGGACAUAAACCAACCCAUUUGCACCCAUAUACGGGGAAAGAAAACGCCUACACUUACCGGAAAUAAUGGAAAACACACGAGUCAGUAAAAGUACAGAAGACUGCGCCAUCUGCUUGGACACAAUUCAGGAGAAGAAAACGCUAAAGUGCCAUCACUCUUUCUGCUCUGUGUGUAUAGACUCGGUUUUCAAGUUUAAGCCCGCGUGUCCGUUAUGCAACACCUACCACGGACAGUACACGGGGACCCAGCCCGAGGGCACGAUGACGGUGAUGCGCAGCUGGCAGCGCCUGCCUGGCUUUGAGGACUGUGGAUGUAUUGUCAUACAGUACAGUUUCCCAGCAGGGAUACAAGGGCCCGAACACCCAAACCCAGGGGUGAGGUACAGCAGCACCUCUCGUACCGCCUUCCUGCCAGCCAGCGACGAGGGUGAAAAAGUCCUGAAGCUGCUGAGGAAAGCCUUCGACAGGAAAGUCACCUUCACCAUCGGACGAUCUGUCACGACAGGCCUCAACAAUGUCAUCACCUGGAACGACAUUCACCACAAGACCAACCUGGGUGGUGGUCCACAAUGUUUUGGAUAUCCAGAUCCAGACUAUUUGUUCAGGGUUCAAGAGGAGCUUCGUCUUAAAGGAGUAACACAAGAUGACUGAUGGGUGAAGACAAUCGGAGGACAUCCUUCAAAUGGAUUUGACUCUUCGUAGUGUUACAAACUCUCUGAUUUUAAGUCUGCAUGUUUUGCAGUCCUCAAGCGAGGAUCAUCAUCACUGAGAUGUUUUUAUUCUAUAAGGGUUAGGGGCUUUUUCCAAAGAGUUUUAAACUGUCAACUAACUAAAAAAAAGAAUUUAGUCAGUAUAUGUUAUGUCAUCCAACAAAACAAAGAUCACUGUACAGUUGGUUAAUACAAUUGGUUAUGCUACUAAUCAUCAGAUUUCAAUCAUGUAAAUAUCUUUUGUAACAAUGGAUCACAGGUCUGCUGCCCAAAAGCAGACAUAGGAGACAGAGCAGGUGGAAGCACUAGGUUACGUUUCCUUUGGCUGUGUAGCCAAAGAUGUAGCUUAUUUUUCCGUACCAUAGACCGCCAUUGUUGUCCAAAACCUAAUAUAAAUCAUUGGGGACAUGUUCCUUCAUUAUAAUGAACACGGACACUGUAGUUUGUAUUAAGGUGAUACCACAAACACAAUCCUGUUGCUGUUAAUAUUCACAGCACCACAUUCGUGGCUGAAAAUAGUCCCCAACAAUGCACCAUUUACUCCUGUUUGAGUAACAUUAGUUCAAAACUACAGUAUCCAGUUUUUAAAAUAGUUUAAAAAAAAAAGAAAAACAUACUGUGUCACAGAUUUAAAGAUUUAUAUCUCCAGUAAUAAAGAAUUGGCUCAGGUAUUGGUUACGUGAGAGGCCGGGGAAGUCAGAAAGUAUUGACAGAUUGACAAUAACCAACAUAUUGAAUAUCUGUCUUUAUCAUACAGAACCUUUAAUACAAUCUUAAUUCAUUUUCUGCAUUUAUAUAACCUUUAAUAUCAGUCAACAUACUAGUGUCAAACAUGAAGAGCAGCAAACAAAAGAAGUUAGCUGAAGUCCAGUCACGUAUCUAUCAAAGUGAUUAGUCCCAAAACAUCUUUUACAUCUUUUUAUAACAUAUUUUUCAGUCCUGUCUUUGCCUGUCUGGUCCACUAGAGUGCGAUGCUCUCCCAUUGGAAGACCAUAUCAUUGCGUCUGCUUGGUAUGCAGCUGUAUCAUCAUCACAAACCCAGAGUCCAGCAGCACCUCCCAAACAUCGUCGCCCAAAGUCGGUGACGGAGCAGAGCAUCUGCUGUAGAUGAUGAGUCAUGUGUUUCUAUGGUGCUCGGGGGAGUUUUAGCAGCUGAACUUGCAUUGUAUGUAGGUUAUCACCUUGUGUUUGACCAUCGUCUCUGGCUGUCUGAUUGCAGUGCAAACACGGUUAAAGCUGACUUGUGGUAGUUGCAUGCAGAGACGGCAGAGGAUUCAAUUUAAAGAUUAACAAAGAUAAAAUAGGUUAUUGCUCAUCCGUUGAUGAAUUUAAUGUUAAAUGUGUGACAAGUGUCCUCAGCAUCACUAGCACAAAGAAACCUGGAAAAAGCAUUUCUAUUGGCUCCCAUCUCUUUUCAUGCAGCAAUGCAGGAUGCACAUGCUCUGUUUUUGCUUUUUCUCAGGGCUCUCUGAGCAGCAUCCAUUUGACCAAGUUACAACUGAAAUUAAGUUUAUCCAGAUGAUCUUCUUCUUAAUGGCGACAGUACAGAGUUAUGGGAAGAGGAAAUGCCUUUUAACCUAUAUUUCUAUAUCAGAAAGCUUAAACAUGUGACAAGGCGGAGUUACUGGGCUCGGCCUCUUUAGCACUCUGUUGUUUAGCGGCUGGAGGCAUUUCUGUGGACCAGGAUCUCAGGGCAUCUGCUGCUCUCACAAAGCAGACCAGGAACCAUCUGGUCAAAUGCACCCCCCCCCCCCCCCA